CGACGCGUCAUCUACGUCGGAUUUUAUUAGUUUUGUAAUUUUAUGUGAUUAUAAAAUUGUGAUAAGUGUAAUUUUUAUACACAUCUUGGUGAUAAUACUAGUAUUAAGAUUUGUUAUGUUAUUGUUGCACGAGGGAUUACAAAACGAGCUUACCCUGCCUGCAGUGCGUGCCAAGAGCCCCGAGUCCCAGCCAUUAGAUUGAGUGGAGUGUUCCCCGCCCACACGUAGCCCCGUACGCCGCCAAAAUUCCGCGCGACACAACGGACUCCUCCUCCAGCAUGGAACUGGAGAAAGCCCCCACGCCUCUCCACGAGGAAGACUCCAAAAUCACCCUCACUAUCAGACUGAUUAUGCAGGGGAAGGAAGUUGGCAGUAUUAUAGGCAAAAAGGGAGAAAUUGUGAAAAGAUUUAGAGAAGAGUCUGGAGCCAAAAUCAACAUAUCGGAUGGAUCAUGCCCGGAGCGGAUUGUUACAGUCACAGGCAACACAAGUGCUAUAUUCAAAGCAUUCACACUUAUCUGCAAAAAGUUUGAAGAGUGGUGCUCGCAGUUCAAUGAGGGGGGCGGCGGGGCCACGCGCGCGCCCAUCACGCUGCGGCUCAUCGUGCCCGCCUCGCAGUGCGGCUCACUCAUCGGUAAAGGUGGCUCCAAGAUCAAAGAGAUACGUGACGUCACCGGAGCUAAUAUACAGGUAGCAAGUGAAAUGCUGCCGAACUCGACUGAGCGAGCUGUGACAAUCAGUGGAACUUGUGAUGCCAUCACUCAGUGCAUUUACCACAUCUGCUGUGUUAUGCUAGAGAGUCCACCAAAAGGUGCUACAAUUCCGUACAGACCGAAGCCGAAUGUGGCGGGCCCAGUGAUCCUGGCGGGUGGGCAGGCCUACACAAUACAAGGCAACUACGCCGUACCUGCGCAAGACAUCGGAGGACUUGCUAAAUCACCGUUAGCCGGUCUUGCGGCACUCGGUCUGGGCGGCCUUGGUCCUGCUAAUACUAGUGGAUUGAACCCGGCAGCAUUAGCCGCUUUGGCAGGGUCUCAGCUGCGCACCGCCAACCAGGGCCGCAACCAGCCCGCCACCAACCAGCAGUCGCACGAGAUGACUGUGCCCAACGAGCUCAUCGGCUGCAUUAUUGGCAAGGGCGGCACUAAGAUAGCUGAGAUCCGUCAAAUCUCUGGCGCGAUGAUCCGGAUAUCAAACUGCGAGGAGCGCGAGGGAGGCAGCACGGACCGCACGAUCACCAUCACCGGCAACCCGGACUCGGUGGCGCUUGCGCAGUACCUCAUCAACAUGAGGAUCACAAUGGAGACUGCUGGUCUGCCGCUGCCCGGGUACCACUACAUCGCUCCGAAUCACAUUGUGAAGGCGCCGAUCCAUUGAAUGGGGCUCCGCGGGCCGGUCCCCCGCGCCCCGCACUGCGCCUUCGCCUACCCGGCGCACUAUGGGAGUCCGGCUCCGAUCUACUAUUUCAAGUGAAAGGCCACUGAAGAAAAAGGGGGAAAGCGAUUGGCAAAUAACUGAACAUGUAUGUUUACAUUUGUUACGAGUUUAUAAGUAUUUUAGAUAUUCUUAUAUUUAUUCUCCACUAUUUAAAUGAAUAAAGUGAGAGGAGUCGAUCGCGCACUCGAUAUCAAGAGUGGUGAUAUAAUUUGUAAUGAAAAGAUUUUAGGAACGUUUAAAACUGAGAAUAAAGAACAUUUAAAGUGACUGACGUUUUAAAAAAAAAUAAUUUUGAUCAGUCCGUGAGCAGUGAACGUCAUAAUGGUCGGACGGUCUCUUCUUUCGUUCUACCCUCGUUCACUGUUCAUAGAUUUAAGGUUACGACAUCGGGAGUUAGCUGAGCUGAUCGAAUUUACUAUGGAUUUAAGCGGUCGAUUGAUUCAAUUAUCCGUUGGAAAUUAUUUUUUAAUCAUGUAACGAUCGGUGCGGACGCCGAGAGACGUAAUGAGAACGUUCGAGAUAAGUUUUGUAGUGCGACAACGGUGUAAAGUAGGCGUAGGGGACUCGAGCGAGCUCGGAAGCGCUGACGUAGCGUUAGUAUUAGAUUAGAGAACAGAGUGAGAGGGUUAAAGACAAUAUUUGUAAAUAAAUAUGGUAAUUACCUGGAAACAUUAGGUAUUACAGUAAGCAGUCUUAUGCACUAGUCGGCUAAAGGAAGCAGCGGGCGGACCGCGACUGAAACUUUUCCAAACACAUCAAAUUAAAACCUAAGCAUAUCAACAUUGCAUCAUAUCCAUAGUAUGACCGCCCGCGCGGGGCUCGGCGACGUAACAGUGCUCAGUGCAUAGGGCAUCUAGCAGUGCGAUGAGUAUUGGCGCGCAACUGCACGAAACCGAUGGGAUCAAAUCCUUUAAGAAACUUACCGUAAAACAAAGGGAGAAAUCAAUGAAGUCGUCUACGAUCACAAAAAAAAAAGACGUUAGUUUUUAAAAAAUAAUAGUGUUGCUAAUUGUGAUAGUCUUCUUAUUUAUUUAAUAUUCAAAGAUCUCUAAAAAUAAUAUACACCUUGUGUACAUCGGCUACGAGAAAUUUUAAUUCGAUUGUAUGAUAUUGGUCCAGGGAUCAAGCCAAAGAUUGUUAAAGUUUGUUUAAACAAUAAUAAUGUUGUGUAUUUAUGCUAAAUUAUUCUGUCGAUAGUUUAACACUUAGUAUUUGUAAUGUAGAGCAUUUUAUUUCAAUUAUUUUAAUUACCCUCUCCAGAAAGCUCAUUGUAUUUUAGAAUUAGGUCAAACGUAUAGAUAGACCGGAAAGGUAAAUGUCAUAUUUCAGAAAAAAAAA